GGGAGAGCAUGCUGCUUUUGAUACUCAUUUAAGUUUAGACAGUGUUUUUCCCAGCAUUUUAGCCACCUUGCGCUGCACUAAUGUCAUGCCAUGGUAAAUCAGAGAAUCCCUGUAAGAGAUGCAGAUGCUGUUUGAACAAAAUAUCCUCAAACUGCUGUGGAGAUUUGUCAGUCGUUGGUUAUUUACCCAUGAACACAGCCUGCUCUGCUACAGGGCUCUGAGUAAAUAUUUGAAGUUAGUCAUUAACUGAGUAUUUUCAGGCGUUUAGUUGGAUUCACCAAGACAAAAAGCCUUCCAAUGUAAAGUGUUACAACUGGAUUUUUGUGGACAAAUUAUUUUUGAAGGUACAACAAAAUGGAGUGUUCUAGCCUUCAAUUCAGCUUUGAUUGCAAAAGCAGAGAUCUGGACGGCGACAGUGACGUACAUUAGCCUGUGCGGCAAAGGCUUGAAGAAUGAUGAAGACCUGCUGUUGUUGCUUAAUAUUUCUCGUGGCUACAUGUUAUAUGGAAGUGUCCAGCUCCUCAGUAUUUUUACCAAAAAACCAUGCCAGUGAUGUAUUGAGAAUUAGAAAACGGGCUAAUUCCUUCUUGGAAGAGCUUAAACCUGGAAAUUUGGAAAGAGAGUGUAUUGAAGAAAAGUGCGUAUUUGAAGAGGCAAAAGAGAUUCACGGUUCAUUGGAUAAAACUCUGGUAUUUUGGAACAAGUAUGUUGAUGGUGAUCAGUGCGAUCCUAAUUUAUGUCUCAAUAAUGCGGCUUGCCAGGAUUUGAUUGGUGGCUACCAAUGUCACUGUGCUGAGGGAUUUGAUGGACCUCAGUGCCAGUAUGUACUGCUGGCAACAAACUGCUCUGACAAUUAUGGUUACUGCGCUCAUUUCUGCCGCGAAAUUCCAGAGAGAAACAGACGGGAGUGUUCAUGUGCAGCUGGCUACAAACUAAGUGAAGAUGGAAUCUCCUGCAAUGCAUCAGAUAAAUAUCCUUGUGGGCUACUGAAAGGAAUUCAAUCGCUGCAAGACCAUGACAAUGCGAAAGGGAAAGGGAAAGGGAAAGGUGAAGGCGAAGGCCCAGGCCCUGGUAAUGCAAACAGCAGGGGCACGAUUAAAGGAGAAAGCGGCCUACUGGGCCCACGAAUCAUAAAAGGGAGAGUAAUGACGAAAGGUGGCAGUCCGUGGCAGGUCCUUCUCAUGAAUGCAAGUGGAAAAUUCAUCUGUGGUGGUGUGCUGAUUCAUCAGUUUUGGGUGCUGACUGCUGCUCAUUGUGUAUUUGAAGGAAAUCGAUUUCGAGUAAAACUUGGUGAGCAUAACCGAACAGUCAAUGAACGCACUGAGGAUACUAUUCUGGUAAACACUGUGUACGUUCAUCCCGGUUUCAGUAUCACAAAUAUGGACAGUGACAUUGCUCUUCUCCAACUGUCUGAGGUUGCUGUCUUCAGUGAUUACAUUAUACCAGUGUGCUUGCCCACCAAAGAGAUGGCAGAGAGAAAGCUACUCAUUGCCAACAAGUCCGUGGUGAUCACAGGCUGGGGCGCUAUGGAUGAAAGUGAUGAUAGUGUCCGCCCUAGUACUCUAUUAUUCAUCAAUAUCAAAUUAACCUCUUACAAGCUGUGCAAGGAGAAGCUCAAAGACAAAGUGACGAACAACAUGAUCUGUGCAGGAAACCCAGGUUCCAGAAAAGAUGCCUGCAAAGGAGACAGCGGUGGACCUAUGGUCACUUUAUUGAAUGGCACGUGGUUUCUGCUAGGACUGGUCAGCUGGGGAGAAGGAUGUGGUCGCUUCCAAACAUUUGGUGUGUACACCAAAGUGACCAAUUACCUAGACUGGAUGUAUUCAAUAAUCAAUGCUGUAGCAACCUAAUUAUCUGAAGCAGUAUGUGCUCUUUCUAAUGAGCUUCCAAUGUGCCUAAAAUUAUAUUAAAUUAGACAGAAUUUCAAGCUCUAUGUGUGAGAUGCUAAAUAUGUUAUGCUAGUUUAGUGACCGCCUAGCAUGCUGCAAAGCAGUGUGACUUAUACUCAAAUACAGCUUAUACAUUAUGACUUUUGGUAAUUGAUUGUGAUUAUCUAUAACUCAACCUUACCUUAAGAGACAGGUAGUCAUUCCCUGCUUAUUCACUUCAUCCUGUUACAUUCUCAGCUUUAUAAUUGUGUUCUACUGUCCAGAGCUACAAGUGACGUUUCUGCUGUACGUUCUAAAGUGUAUGCGUUUAUCACAAAUUAACAGUGUGAGUUUUUCAUGUGUCUCAUCAGAUGUGAUAAUAUCAUUCCACAGUUCAUUGACUAUAAUAUCCAGCUAGUGAUUACAUGUGACUAUGUGAUUCAGUCUCUGAUUUAAUUUUAUAAUGCUGCUGAGAAGUAUCUCGUCAUUUUAUUAAUUUAAAGGUACUAUAUAAAAGUAGCAAUAAAUGGUUAUGAGCCUCUAACUGUUCAAUAUUGAAUUUUUGGUGUUAUCUGUGUCUGUCAGGUAUAGGCUUCUAUCUGAGACUGUAGGUAGGCCCCAAAUAGGGAGAAGGAAGCCAGUAUGAAAAAUAUAGUUUCCUUUACCAAAUCACCUGGAGCUGGUGCAAGAAAGGGCUUCACAAAAUUUGCAGAAGGGGGCAUACUUCAGGAGGCGAAUUUUAUUUCUAAAAUGGUAGACUAAACAAGCUGAAAGCUGAACAGGGGCAGAAUCUCUUAAACAGGUGAUGAAAAAAUAUCUAAACAGGGACAGAUUGUGCAAAGGUUAAAUAAGGGAUUGGAUAGGUAAUAGUUUGACUGGAUCAGACAUGAAAAGGUUCAACUGGACUUAACUCCCAAAGCCUAAGUGAGUUGGACUGCUUUCUGGAAGAAUUUAUGAAAAUGUCAUUCCAUCAUACAAUACCUGACACUGAUACUUCGAGUUCUGCAGAAUAAUAAAUCUUUAUUCUAUAUUCUGA